AAUAGUUUUAGGCGAUUGCUAUGGCUAUGGUGUAAGACAUUUUCACUUUACAUCUUCUAAAUGACAGGGCUGGAUAGGCCAAACCCUCCUGUACCGGGGAAAGUCACUCAUCACAGUGCUGAGUUGUUCUGGAAAGUUCCAAAGUCAAAAGAUGUUCGCAUUUCAGUACUGAUUCAACUAUGUGCACCAAAUGAAGAAGAUUAUGAGACUAUCUAUACAGGGUUUGGGAAGAAGACUGAAGUAAGAGAUUUAACACACGAGACAUGCUACAAGUUCAGAUUGAGGUUUACAAUGGGCGAAGAGAACAGUGACUGGAGUCCUGUAACCGAAGUCGUCACUAAAAAUAAGCCCAUGACAGGAGAAGACUUACACAGAGUGGUCACAACGAGAAGUGUUUCUGGAUUAAAGAAACUUCUUGCUGACGAGGAUAUUGCUAUCAAUGCGCCCGACAAAAUGGGAAACUCGCCGUUAAUGAAUGCUUGUGUCAAGGGGUAUGACGACAUUGCUAAGAUAUUAUUGGACCACAACGCAAACAUGAAAUACUCAAACUCUGCUGGAAAAGACAGCUUGAUGUUGGCGUGUUACCAUGGAAACGUGAAUUGUGUUGACGCGUUGGUGGAGUUCGGCGCUAAAUGGACUGUAAAAGACAAGUCAGGCGCUUCUCCGUUUCAUUGGGCGAUCGACGGAGGCCACACGAAUGUUAUCGAAAAGAUCCUUGAUGAAACGGACAACGUGGAUGAUCCUGAUUCUAGAUCAGGCUGGUCACCCCUUAUGAGACUUGUUACCGUAAAUGGGAGCGUCAACAUCGCUAAGAUGCUCAUCGAUAAAGGGGCUGACGUCAACUUCAAAGACCUCUCUGGCAAACCUGUUCUGAUGGCAGCCUGUCUGAACGGUAACAAGGCGAUGGUGGAACUGCUGGUAGAAAAUGGAGCAGAUCUGUGGACAGAAAAUGAGUUUGGCAAGACAGCUUACGACAUGGCGAAGGCUUUUGAACGAAGGGCAGUGAUGAAGUACAUUGAAGAAAUGGAGACCAUAUACCCCCGCCCCCCAUCGGUAUACGAAUCAUGACCAUGAAGUAGAUAAUGAGACUGCAGGCGUAUCUUGUGGAUUCUCCCGGUUCGCAGAUCAAGAGUUGUCCUAGUUCUCCAGCCCUGGGCAGGGCCAAAUCCAACAUCCAGAGGAGCCUGACCCCUACCCCCUUUUCCAGUCUCUCCAGUAGAUCAAUGACUAAUGGUCGAAACUGAAAUUGGGAUUUUCUUCUCAGGACAGAAGUUGUCUAUUUAUUUGUGACAAUAUAUUUGUCAAUACAAUGUCAACAGAUUCAGUGUCGUUGGCACAGUGUCAUAUAAUAAAUAAAUUUUGAUUGAGUGUGUCUAACAUUAUAUUUAGUUUUAUGAUUAUGACAUUUAGUAGAUUUCCCGGAUUGGUUUUUUUCUUGGUGCUAUGAAAGUGAUUUAAACAGUCUACAUUUGGAGGUAAAGGCCGGGCCUUAUCUAAAUUGAUUUAACCUAUACAUCAUUCAUGACAGAUAGACAUUUUGAGAACAAUACGUUUACGUAGCAAUGUAGUUGAUAUCUUAUUUGUUUCAUUUUAUUAACAUUGACA